AACAACUCGCGGUUAAUGAAAUGCAAAUGCAAAAUAUCAAGAAGAAGAAGACACAAUAAUACCAUUGCACGCAUUGCUGUUUAGUAAAAAAUGUCCUCAACAUCGGCGGCUGCAUCAAAUGCAGCGCCAGCAAAAACCGAAGUACGCUACGUAACGGAGGUGCCCAGCAGUCUAAAGCAAUUGGCCCGGCUGGUUGUGCGCGGCUUCUACUCGCAGGAAGACGCGCUGAUCAUAGAUAUGCUGGUGCGGAAUCCGUGCAUGAAAGAGGACGACAUUGGUGAGCUGCUGCGCUUCGAGAAGAAGCAGCUGCGAGCGCGGAUCACGACGCUGCGCACCGACAAGUUCAUACAAAUACGUUUGAAAAUGGAAACGGGUCCGGAUGGCAAGGCGCAGAAGGUCAACUAUUACUUUAUUAAUUACAAGACAUUCGUCAACGUGGUCAAGUACAAGCUGGACUUGAUGCGGAAACGCAUGGAAACGGAGGAGAGGGAUGCGACCAGUCGCGCCAGCUUCAAGUGCUCCACGUGCUCCAAAACAUUCACAGAUCUCGAGGCAGAUCAGCUGUUCGAUAUGGCGACGUGCGAGUUCCGCUGCACGUACUGCGGCAGCUCCGUGGAGGAGGACAGUGCGGCAAUGCCAAAGAAGGAUUCGCGCCUGAUGUUGGCGCACUUCAAUGAGCAGCUGCAGCCGCUGUACGAUCUGCUGCGUGAAGUGGAGGGCAUCAAGCUGGCGCCAGAGGUGCUGGAACCAGAGCCGGUAGAUAUUGACACGAUACGUGGCAUUACCAAACCGAACGCUCUGCGGCCGGACAGCCUGCAAUGGUCGGGCGAAGCGACGCGCAACCAAGGCUUUGCCGUCGAAGAGACGCGCGUAGAUGUGACCAUUGGUGGCGAUGACAGCACCGAGGCGAUCGUUGAGCGCAAGUCGCGACCCAUUUGGAUGACGGAAAGCACUGUGAUAACCGAUACGGAGACUGGAGAUGGCAGCGCCCACACUGACAGCGCCCAAUCGUCGGGCACAUCCGGGCAUCGCAAUAAGAAGGAGAACGAGGAUAUUAUGUCGGUGCUGUUGCAGCACGAGAAGCAGCCGGGCCAGCGGGAGGCCCACUUGAAGGGUUUGCGCAAGGGCUCCUCGAACGCAAACUCUAGUGAUUCCAGCGACGAUGAGAACGACAUUGACAACACAAAGAUACCGAAUGUCAAUUUCGAGAACUACAUCAACUCGGAGUCGGAUGAGGAGGAUGCCGAUGUGCCGACUGUGCUGGUGGCAGGGCGUCCACAUCCUUUGGAUCAACUGGACGAUAAGCUAAUUGCACAAAUGACACCCCAGGAGAAGGAGAACUAUAUACACGUCUAUCAGCAGCAUUAUAGCCAUAUAUACGACUGAUUCUCCUAACAAUUAGGCAUUAAGUUUAUAGUCUCAUUGCUAGCUUAAGAUGCAUACAUGUAUAUUAAAUUGUCAGCCAUCGUUUAAGCGAUGGCCAGCACAUGAUAUUUGGCAACAACAUAGGCACAUAAAUACAAUUGUUCGAAAUCCAAUUUUUGUCAAACACCACGUUGGCGCCAAAAUCGCUGUCCCUGAAAAAGCGCGCAGAGGUAUCCGAAGCCAAUAGGCGCCGAUCAGCUGUUCCCGCUGCUAACAUCAACAUGACACUGUUAGUGGACAUUUGAAUAACAUGAAGUUGGCUGCGUGUGCAAAUUGAAUGCAUGUUACGUGAGAAGGUUCAUGUCAAAUUACCGCUUUUGCUAAAACAGCUGUUCUCCGCAUUUUUGUUUUUAUGUUUUGUACAUUCGUGCUCGAAGCAUGGUCGCCGCUGCUGUUGUGGGCGUCUAUUUAGAAUAUACGUCAACUUGUGUGCGCUAGAUAAGCGGCCAGUGCAAACAGUAAUUAAGAUAUGCCCGUAUAUAACCAAUACACGCCGUGCAAUCACAUCGUCGCCGCUAGUUGUCAUUCUAAUAAGAUUCCUGCCAGAUACGGAUCGAAUGUCGUGUUGCUUCAAAAGAAUUGCAUACAUAAAUAUUUAGCGUAGCAUGAAAUAUGCUACAUUUACGGACAAACGUGUAAUGUUGACAUCGGCAAAUUUAUUUGGAAUGCAAGAAACGUGAUCGCGACGCGCACACACUCACACAAGAAAAUCGAUCAUACAUGUGUAUAAAACUCAAUAUAUGAAAAUUGUUUGAUUUAUGCUUGCCUUAGCUUAUUCCUUUAAUGUAAUCAAUCAACUAACUAGAUUUUUAAAUAUAAUCAACAAUUUUAUUGAAGCGUGUUAAAUUAAUCAAUCGAAGAGUAUAUUGCAUUCGGCCGCAAGCGUCGCCAAUUGGGAAUUUCCCAAAUAAAAACGAUCCAAUUAGAAUUGAUGUAUUGCUAAUAGCCGCGAAUUGGACUAACAAAGCACAGCCG